CUUAGGCUACACCUGAUUGAGGGGAGCCAGCAAAGUCAACCUUGACAGGAUCCGCCUCUAAGUCCACACCCUACCCGCACCACAAUAGCCUGCUGUUGCUGUGAUAGCGCAUUCCACUAUCACCAAUUACCAUCGUCAUUGGGUGGUCAUUAUCAUUAUCUCAGGCAAACAUCGCUUCACCUGCAGACGUUCUUGUGAGAAACUUUUCACGCUUUCGACUGUUUUCACUUCAGUCAGCGCUUUUGCCCGUCCCCCGCAAUAAGAACUGCGUUACACUGUUGUAGGUCGCAUCAAACUUUAUAAGAACAGCGAUUUCCAGCACCUAUUAAUAGACGCAGGACAUAUGCAUGAGCCAUAUAAACUAUCAUCAAUAUUUUCCGAGGAGCGCACAGUAAGAGACGAGAGAAUAUUUUUGUCGCCAUCCAUUUGAGAUUCACCGUCCAGUGUUUUGUUUCUAUUGGGUUCUGACCUGCAUUAAAGCUAGACGCUACCUCAGUACCUGGCAUGAUUGAUAUUGCUGAUAUUCUUCCAUCUUGUGGAUUUGGCUGCCUCUGAAAACAGUAAUUGCAACAGACAAAUACUGCAGUCUCACACGCAAACUGACCAAUAGGAGCUCUGUUGGCAGGCAUGCCUCCUCCCAUAGGUGUCAUUAGUAACUGGUGGAAUGAACUGGUGUAUCGAUUCACGCAAAAGAAAGACUGGAGACAGGUAGUGGACGAGAUUCAUCUGCUGCAGACCAAGAGGACGAAUGAGAAUCCACUGUUUUAUGCAGCCAAGGAUAAUGAUGUGUGCUCCAUUAACAAGCUACUCAAGUGUCCUUCGACAGACAUCUUUGAGAGAGGUGCUCUUGGAGAGACUGCUCUGCAUGUCGCUGCUCUCUUUGAUAACCUUGAAGCCGCCGUCGUUUUGAUGGAGGCAUCGCCUGACCUGAUCAAUGAGCCCAUGACCUCUGACCUCUACCAAGGGGAGACAGCUCUGCACAUUGCUGUGGUCAAUCAGAAUGUCAAUCUGGUCCGCGAGCUGAUUUGCCGAGGGGCUUGUGUGACCACGCCCAGAGUAACCGGGUCAUACUUCCUCAAGAAGAGAGGGAACAUGGUGUACUUCGGUGAGCACAUUCUGUCGUUUGCUGCCUGCAUUGGGAAUGAAGAGAUUGUGCACCUGCUGAUUGAAGAAGGAGCUAACAUCCGAGCACAAGACUGCCUGGGUAACACUGUUCUGCACUUGCUGGUCCUUCAGCCCAACAAGACAAUCGCCUGUCAGAUCUACAACCUGAUCCUGCAGGCGGACCGGCAGAUCGAAGGAGGCAUUCCUCUGGAGAUGAUCCAGAACCAGCGAGGACUCACUCCCUUCAAACUGGCAGCCAAAGAGGGCAACCUGGUGAUGUUUCAGCACAUGAUUAACAAGCGGUGCACAAUGCAGUGGCACUUUGGUCCUCUGUCAUCCUGCCUCUAUGACCUUUCAGAGAUUGAUUCAUGGGCAGACGACCUGUCCAUACUGGAGCUGAUAGUCUGCAGUAAAAAACGAGAGGCGCGCAGGAUUUUAGAAUUGACUCCUGUGAAGCAGCUGGUCAGUUUGAAGUGGAAUAAAUACGGGAAGCACUACUUUCGUUUCCUCACGUUCCUCUACCUCCUCUACAUCAUCACCUUCACACUCUGCUGCCUCUACAGGCCACUCAAACCCAGGACCGACAACGCCACAGACGAGAGGGACGUCACCAUCUACGUGCAGAAAACACUGCAGGAAAGCUAUGUGACUUACGAAGACCAUGUUCGUUUGAUUGGAGAGAUUAUAAGUGUGUUUGGAGCACUGGUUAUACUUUUGUUAGAGAUUCCUGAUAUAGUCCGUGUUGGGGCCAAGCGGUAUUUUGGGCAGACAGUACUGGGAGGCCCAUUUCACGUCAUUAUUAUCAGCUAUGCCUGCCUGGUUCUCACCAUACUGAUCCUGAGACUCACCAGUACAGAUGGAGAGAUGGUGAUUAUGGCUGUAUCUCUAGUGCUGGGCUGGUGUAACGUCAUGUACUUCGCUCGUGGGUUCUCAAUGCUCGGACCAUACAUGAUCAUGAUACAGAAGAUUAUUUUUGAGGAUCUGUUGAAGUUCAUUUGGUUGAUGAUCGUUGUGCUGUUUGGUUUCGCUACAGCUAUCUGGAUGGCAUACAUGACUCAGGACUCCACGGCUGUAUCCGCCUACAAGGAGUUCUCCAGCACCUUCUUUGCGAUGACCGAGCUGUUUAUGGGUCUCAUAGACGUGCCUGUGAACUAUGACAUUUGGACUCCAGAUAUUGUGAAGGUCCUGCACAUAACCUUCAGUGUGUUCGCCUACCUUCUCAUGAUUAACCUCCUGAUCGCGAUGAUGGGAGACACACAUUGGAGAGUGGCGCAAGAGAGGGACGAGCUGUGGAGGGCCCAGGUUGUCGCCACGACUAUCAUGCUGGAGAGGAGACUUCCUCGUUGCAUGUGGCCAAGGCUGGGAAACUGUGGACAGCACUACGGGCUGGGAGACCGCUGGUACCUCAGGGUGGAGGAGCGGCAUGACAACUCUGUGCAAAAGAUCCGGCGCUAUGCCAAAGCAUUCCAAAGAAAAGGUAACAAAGCCAAGUCGGAGAAAAAAGAAACCAUUCCCGAUACUCCGAUUAUGCACCCGCUUAUCCGAAAUCACCUGGACCCACACAGGAGGUCACUCCGAGGCUGGCAGAUCAUUCGCAGGAGCACAAUGGGAUCUGAUUACGGGGAAUUAUAUGACAAAACAUCUGAGGAAAUAUACCAUGUCUAAAGGUAAAGCUGGAAGAAACCAAGUCAACUACAGCUACGACCAGAAGUUUUGCAUAAAAUUAUAUUGCAGAAGUCUACCGGAAGCCAUAAUAGUAGUACAGUAUCUCAUGUUAGAUUUUGAACCAUCACAUUUUUCAAUUUGUCAGUUUUUCGGUAAGUAUAUGGAAAACUCCAACUGCAGGAUGUAAUUCAAUAUGUUAACGUAACAUUCAGCAGAUUUCAUUCAACUUUAUAAAGCAAAAUUAGUUCAAGCUAUAAGGUGAUGCAAAACUGUUGGUGCCUUCUUCAAUACAUUGAUUAGAUCACACAAAGUUUCCACAUGGAGCAUUUUGAAGUUAGGGAUGAUGUACCAGUAUAUAGCAUGUUCAACAGAGCUGUCUCUUUGGAACACACGCAAGGAGUGUGAGCCAGGGACUGGUUCAUUUGAAAGCAUCCAGCUAGUUUGCACAAAUCAGUCACUUCUAGGUAGCAUGCAUGUAAUCAGAUUACUCUCCUUUUUAAUGUUUGUUUUAUGUCGGCAGGUAUUAAUAAGAACCCUUUAAAGGGAUUCAUAAUUGAAGCUUUAUAAUCUAUUUCUUAAUUCUUAGUACAUGGCUUAAAUCUUGCACUAGCCCUGCAUCUAGUCCUGUAUUUCAGAACUACCUUCAAUUAAGUAUAUUAAUGAAAAAAAGCCUUAUAAAAAAGAAGUGAAAAAUACCUAGUAGUUUUAUUACUACUUAAAGGGAAUUUAAGUAUUGUUUUAAAGUAAUAUGAAAAAUUAAAUGACUAAUGAAAUAUAUUUUGUAAUUUUUACUAAUAUUUGCAGGUGUGUCUUGUGUUAAAGAAAUGCUUACCAAUGCUUUGAAAUCAAUUUUAGUCUGCCCUUUUUGUUGUGUGUUUUUGUUCAUUCAGGAAACAUUUUUAGAUGGAAUACUGCUGCAUCCUGGUAUGUAUGCGGUCAGACACAUAGUCUGAUUGUUGACCUUGACCACUGGAGUGAGUUUGAAUAAAGAUAUUUAUAUACCAAGGUACUCAGCUCUACCUUUUACUUCCAUCACACGGCACGCAAGGGAUCAUGGGCUAUAAAGACAGCUCCAGAGCUAUUUUUCUGUUGAUUUGUCUAUGGAGAGGGGUCGGAUUGGGCAUUUAGACAUUUUAAAGUCUGUUUCACUGUUGCCUAGGCUUCAUGGUAGAAAUGUAUAAACCUGGUAAAUGAUGACAAUGUAAUUGAUAAGAAAAAUGUAUUUACUGCAGUAGUAUGGUAAUAACCAUUCUUUUUUGUUCUACUAAUGCAAAUGCACGCAGGCUACGACAGUUGCCAUUUCUAAUAUUACUGUAAAUAAUUAGCAUGAUUACAUAAUUCACAAUUAUAUAUAUAUAUAUAUAUAUAUAUAUAUAUAUAAUGUAUCCAAUACAGUUGAAUUAAAUAAAUAUUGCAAAAUGGUAAACAAAUUGAUAAGGGUCUUUGUUUUUCUAUGUAGUGUUUUUUUUUUAUAUAUAUAUUUACAGAGUAGUUCCAGUAGUAAACGAUAGAAGUUAAAUUUGAAUAUGGUGUGUAUGUAUGUGUGUGUGUGUAUAUAUAUAUAUAUAUAUAUAUAUAUAUAUAUAUAUAUAUAUAAUAUACAUUUUUAAAAAAAAACUGAUGUCUAAUAGCAAUACAUCCAUGUUGUAUAACUGCAUCAGUUGUGCAAAGCUGUAGUCUCUGCUUUCUGUGCGUGUGUCAUCUCUGGUACUGCGUUCAGAAAAGUGAAUUUUUUAUGUCAAUUACAGUAUGUCAUCAUUAACAUGGGUUUGAGACACCCUGGGCAAGGUUUUUUUUUUUUCUUUUAAUUUUUAAACAUCAAUAAAAUGAGCUCAAAGCAACUCAAUCCAACGCCUCUCCUUUGACAGUCAAUAGAAAAUCUCCUCCCGAGCUCUCUUCAUAUCCCACAACCCUUUGCACACAGCUUGAUGGAAGUCCUCACAGAGAAUCAGUGGAGUUGAGGAUCUUUGUGUAAUAGAAUAUGAACUACAGCACAGGAAGUGAUCGGGUAUCAGGAAGCAGCAGCAACAGUUCAUCUGUAAUAUUCUCUUAAAUUAUCUGCGUGUUCCAAAUUGAACUGGAAAAUACAAGCAGUGCUAAUUUGCUAGUGCUAAUAAGAUUGAUUGAUUGAUUUUAAAUCCUUGGUUAGCACUCAUUUUAAUAUUAAUUGCAUAACUAUUGAAAAAUAAACUACUGUACUUGUGUAAUAAUAAUGAUGAUUUUUUUUAAGUAAAUAUAUCUGAAUUAAACUAAGUGAUAUGCUACUUGCUUAUAUUUUGCAAUGCCAGAGAACUGCUUAUCCAACUCUAAUGAAAUAUGGUUAGACCAUUCUAUAGCAAAUAAUGGAGAGUAUCUGGGGGAAACAGCCUGUCUACUUAUGGGUUAAUCAUAUUGAUUCCUCUUUUCAUGAUACUAGUAGCUCUUUUGUAUUUACAGAAUGUAUUUUCAUGUUCAUGGUUUUCAAGGAGAAUCGCAGAGACCAAAUUCUAUAUAAAACUAUUGUAAAACCACAUUGAUUGGUGCUUUGGAAUAAUUAUGUUGUUAAGAGUGUGACCAGAGGGUUGUACAUUUCUUAAUCAGGGCAUGCUGCUUUAACCCGUUGAGAGAUACAGGGAUAGCUUUGGGUAUAUCGGUGCAUGCUGUGGCUUAUUUGGACUAUGCAGAGUGCUAAAUUAUGGAAUUUACAUAUAACUCAAUAAUGCAAUAAUACAAUUGGCCCUAGGAGGUGCUGUUGAAGCCCAUAUGUGCCUAUCGCAUGGUUCAUCAACUGUGAACCGUUAUAGCUGUGUGUGUGUUUGAGACAUCAGCACGUACAUUCAGAAUCCUAUCACUGUGUUGUCAAAACUCAAAUCUAAUUAACCAUAUGAAAUGGACUUCAACAACACCAUCCUAUGGGUUAUUUUUUUUUAUUUAAUUUUUUUGGCAUCAUUGUGUUUCCCCAAAGCGUGUUCUGUGCCGGUGUAAAUUAACAUUGGUUCCCCAGAAUAUUUGUUCCCCCAGGGGAACAGAUAUUUGUACCCACCAGCAAACAUUUGUUCCCCCAACCUGCAUGUUUGUCAUUUAUCCUAUUUUUAUGUAAAUGAUGCAUGUGUAGUGCUAGUAAAUGUGAGCAGUGUUAUCCUGUAUUAUUAUUGUAGGUGAGGUUGGACCUGUUAGAGGGGACUGGGUGGUAGAAAUUUAGGGUUAGGGAACGUGGUCUUAAAUUAAGGUUUUAGUUAAAAGUGCAUAGAUAUAGACUUAUCUGCAAGGAAAGAUUACUUUGUUACAAAAAAAUAGGGGGAACAAAUAUUGGUUCCUAAGGGGAACAAAUAGUCAGAGAGAACAUAUAUUCUCUGACACUGGUACCAGAGUUCAGCACUCUAUGUCCUAUAGAUAAAUCUACAAUAAGUGUGGAUAUACCCCAAGCGACUGUCAGACGUGGUGAGUGUGGAAACACCAGGGUAAAUGAGGGACACCAAGUAUAUUGAAAGCAAGAGCUUCCACACAGGUGUGGCUCAUGUGUUAAUUAAGCAAAUAACAUCCCAGCAUGCUUAAGGUCAUGUAUAAAAAUGCUGGACAGGUCUGGUUGCCUAUAAUUAUAGCUAGCAUGGCUGCAAGAGGAGACCUCAGUGACUUUGAAAGAAGGGUGAUUGUUGGGGCGCGUUCGGCAGGUGCUUCAGUGACCAAGACAGCUCAACUUGCUGAUGUUUCACGAGCAACGGUGUCUAAGGUGAUGUCGGCUUGGAACUCCGAAGGAAAGACAUCAUCAGCAAAGGGCAACGGUGGGCGAAAGCGCUUUGGUGUUUCCAUUUUUUUGUCCGCUACCUGUAUUUUCCCCUAUAGACCUCAAUGUUAAAACAAGGCUGUCUCCCCUCAUAGACCCCAGUGCUGUAUACAGAAUUGUUUCCUAUGAAGUGCAUUUUAUCAAGAAUCAAAUGAAUAAUUUUAAGAAUUAGGUUCUUAUAAAAAUGAACUAUUGCUAUGGAAACUAACUUGCUUACAGAUUAUAACAUACCAUUUUUAGCGUACAAAAAGUUGAUAAUGCUUUAUAACCAAAUGAAGGAUAAUAUUGAGAAUUAUGCUUAAUGAAGAUUUGUAACAUGUAUUUUGAACUGUAAUUGUAUAUUUCAUCAAAAUGAAUGAUGGGGACAUUUUAUCACGUCUAAAAUGGAAAUUCUUUAAGAAUAAAACAUAUCUCUUUAGAAUACAA